UGACAGGCGUUUUAUACUGAUCUCAUGUGUCCACUGUUUUUAAUGAAUUGACGAUAUGUGUACGUACUAGCUGGGAUCACUUAAGUAAUAUGCCACCAGUACUUUCAACAGAAAAUGAGCAAAAUCUUAACAGAAUAUGUGAGGAAUAUCUGCGUAUUCUGGACAAAUAUCAACAGGACGUAUACAACAUACGUAUUAUACACCAUGUAAUAUGGAGGGCAUUACGUCCAUUGACCAUCGUCCUUCAUCAUCGAGCCGGAAGCCGUGUCGAACGACAAUUGCGCAUGCUCCCACCGAACGGUGCAAGUGAUGUGGACUAUAAAUUUGAAGUAUCGGGUGUUCACAUUGACGCAUCAAAAUCAGAGACUUCAAAUAUGUAUUUCAAAUCAAGUUGCGAAUGUGAAGAUGCAAGAAACGCUUACGGUGUUUUGUAUGCGCCGUCAUCAUUGAAAACGUUCUUGGCAUCACACGACCAAUAUAAACCGAUAUUUGAAAAGGCUUUUACACGAUCGCUUGAAACUUCAAACGAUGAUCACAUACUUUUACCCAAUAUUUUCAAAGAAAACGUUGUGAAGGAGUGUGGAUUUCAAACUAAGCAAGGCUCACAGAAAAAAUCGAGUCCCAGUAUUGCAGUUCAGGGAGCAAAAAACGAAACCGAUGCUGUCCCGUGUCUCAAGCUGACCACAUGGACACAAGAAGCAAUGCUAUGGGUGUCGAGGAAUCCGGUUAAUCCUAUGUUCUGUAGCAAGUGGAAAAAGAAAAUAGUGGAUACAGUGCCUCUCUAUGUGGUCCCAACUGGCAACCGCAGGUCCCCGAAGUCGGACAUGGAGUGGAGAUUAUCAUUUGUCUUUGUAGAAAAGGCAUGUUUUGAUCGCAUCGCAGAGUGCAAGCCGAGAAUUCGCCACCUUUUUGGACUUGUGAAGUUUGUCUUCAAGUGUUUUUUGGAUGAUCUUGACAUAUUCUCCUCCUAUCACCUGAAAACACUGCUGUUUUGGAAAUGUGAAUCUAAAACACCCGAAAACUGGGAUAACAUCAAACCACUAGCCUUCAUAAUAGAGCUUCUUGAAGAUAUGGAAAAAUGCCUGACCGAGAAAAAUAUCAAACAAUUCUUCCUCCCAGAUUGCAAUAUUUUCCCGUUUGACAAAAUGGAUGUCGACAGAGUAACGAUGCUGCGGAAAAGAUUCUUCACGAUGAAAAAGGAAAUGGUGGGAAUGAUUAAGACGACAAUAUCCUUCGAUCUCGGUGUAGACGAAACUCUUGUCAUGAAAAACUGGAUACGGGAAAUAGAUGGGGCACUGAAAAUCAAGACAGAACAGGGUGUUAAAGAAGGCUACAUCAGCGGCUACCUGACACGUCUUCACAGUAUGACGAGUCACUCGCUUCUCGAAAACCACACAAAAGGUACCCUGAAAACAUGUGUACGUGCACUGGAAAACAUCCUACUAGAUGGUCAGGAGGACAGCAAGCUUUGUGACGUGUUAGUCAAAAGAAUAAUACCUAUGCUUGCACCACAAAUUCACGCACUAUCUCAGGAAAUAUAUAUCAACUCAGGGUUUUGUCAGUUUCGACAAUGCACAGAAAGUUUACAUUCGCAGAAAGAAGAGGCAAACAAAGCCGAUAUCGAUCAAAUAGCAAACAUCAGGGCAUUUGAUGCUUUUGAGCAAUAUCUGAAAAAGGACUUUGUCCUUGUGAAAACAAUUUUGGACACUGUGAUGCCGAUGCUAAAACGGGAGCGUUGUAUCGGCCUGACAUUGUCGAAAUUGCAUUCGACAUGUUACCUCGACCAUGUCCUACUGUUCGUAAUGUCACAUAUGGAAGCAAAUGGCGUGUCAACCAAUCGUGUAUUUAUUGAACCCAAUAUUAUGUUGGCGCAUCUAAACAUCCAACUAGAAAUCCAAAGCGAUCGAGAUGCUGAUAGAGACAGUUUACAUCCCCGUAUGAUGGAUUUAUUAACACAGCUUUACUCGCUUGUUAGCAGUUCGUCUGUUCGUGAACCUUACAUCGGAAGCUUGUCCUACAAGCACAUCGGGACAGUGAUGCUGAUGGGAUACCAGGACUUCUUUGCAAACCGAUCCUCUUCAAAGAUGCUGUGCCCCUUUCCUGAAGUUCCCUCAGAAACAUUAAUUGUUAAUAUUAGCAAAGUAAGAAAUUUUGAUCUACGAUAA